CCAGAUAUUCCAAACUCUUUGUGACAUCUGAAUGAAAUGUGUUUAUUAGGCUAAACGUCAUAGUCAGAGUUGCCAAGGAAACAAUUGAGGAAGUUAAGAAUCUUGGUGCCUUUUCGAUUUUCAAUCAACACAUCUGUACCACCAUCGACUGAGCGUCAUGUCUAGGAAGGGUGCUCAUCAACAUCAACAGGCUUCUCAGCAGAUCCCCUCUUUGAUGGAGCUGGAUGAGGUUGACCUGGAGGAAAAUGAGGCGCAGGUCAACGUUAACCCACUUCCUGGGCUCACAGGGGCGGUUACUAGACUUAUGGUCGGCUUUAGGGAGGAUGACGUGGAGACUCAGUUUGGACAGGUCCACUGCACCAUGAAGGGGGUUCCCAAGGGCAGCCGCCCCGUCAUCAUGACCUUCCAUGAUAUUGGACUGAACUACAAGUCGUGCUUCAACCCCCUGUUCAGCCACGAGGACAUGCAGGAGAUCAUGAGGCACUUUGCCGUGUGCCACGUUGAUGCCCCUGGGCAGCAUGAGGGUGCCUCCACUCUCUCCACAGAGUACACCUACCCCUCUAUGGACCAGCUCUCUGAGACUCUCCCUGAGGUCCUCAAGCACUUUCGGUUUAAGAGUGUCAUUGGACUGGGCAGCGGUGCUGGUGCCUACAUCCUCGCUAAAUUUGCUCUGAACCAUCCAGAUAAGGUUGAGGGACUUGUCCUCAUCAACAUCAAUGCACGUGCAGAGAGCGUGAUUGAUUCACUUACACACAAGAUGACUGGCUGGAUCCAAGCACUUCCUGAUCAUGUUCUAAACCACAUGUUUGGAAAGGAGGAGAUCCAGAACAACCCUGAUCUGAUCGCCACAUACCGCAACCACAUCACCAAUGAUGUCAACCAGUCCAACCUGGCCCAGUUCUUCAAGUCCUACCAGAGCCGCAGGGGCCUGGAGAUCGAGAGGCCUGUCCCAGGGAGAAACAUUAACGCCAGAACUCUGCAGUGUCCUGCUCUGUUGGUGGUGGGAGACAGCUCCCCUGCAGUCGAGGCUGUGGUCGAGAGCAACGCAAAGCUCAACCCAACACAGACCACACUGCUCAAGAUGGCUGACUGUGGAGGACUUCCCCAGGUGAGUCAGCCUGGCAAACUGACAGAGGCCUUCAAGUACUUCAUCCAGGGCAUGGGUUACAUGUCCUCAGCCAGCAUGACCAGACUGGUGAGGUCCCGCACCGCCUCAGGCUCCAGCAUCGCCUCCUGCGACAGCAGCAGGAGCCGCUCUCACGCCAACGACCACCAGCCCGCCCGGGAGCACACCGACGUGUCCACGGAGAAUGUCUCCAACAGCACCGUAGAUCAGACCGUUGUCGUGUCCAGCAGCAAGACUGAGGAUGUCUGCUAGUGCCCUGGUCACUGAAAGGUCAUAGGUUGUCUCCUAAAUGGCUCCCUAUUUCCUUUAUAGUGCAGUACUUUUGACUAUGUGGGAAAUAGGGAACAUUUGGGACACAACUCCAGUGUCCCUAAACCCUGACCUCAUGACCCCAGUCCUGUCUACCCUACUGCCUGUGUUGCUGCUGACAAUAUACCUCAUAACCCCUGUCCUGUCUACUGCCUGUGUUGCUGCUGACAAACCUCAUAACCCCUGUCCUGUCCUGUCUACCCUACUGCCUGUGUUGCUGCUGACAACAAACCUCAUAACCCCUGUCCUGUCUACCCUACUGCCUGUGUUGCUGCUGACAACAAACCUCAUAACCCCUGUCCUGUCCUGUCUACCCUACUGCCUGUGUUGCUGCUGACAACAAACCUCAUAACCCCUGUCCUGUCUACCCUACUGCCUGUGUUGCUGCUGACAACAAACCUCAUAACCCCUGUCCUGUCCUGUCUACCCUACUGCCUGUGUUGCUGCUGACAACAAACCACAUAACCCCUGUCCUGUCUACCCUACUGCCUGUGUUGCUGCUGACAACAAACCCCAUAACCCCUGUCCUGUCCCUACUGCCUGUGUUGCUGCUGACAACAAACCCCAUAACCCCUGUCCUGUCUACCCUACUGCCUGUGUUGCUGCUGACAAUAAACCACAACAUAUGGCUAUGAUAGACUGUCCUCUACCUAUGCUCUGUUCUCACUGCAUUGUGGGUAAUAAGAGUUUAUACCCAACGGUUGUCAUACUGUAUGUCAUUUGGGUCAUAUGUAAUCUGUAUGGAUGUUCCUCUGUGGAAAUAGUAUCUCUGAUAUGUUAGAAUGUAACAAUGCCAGGGGGGUUUUCCACCAUUAACAUGUCAUGGACAGUUGUGGUGUUAAAGCCAUCUGUGUCUAUUGUCUGGCUUUUUAUAUGUGAUGGAUCAAACUGACGACUCCCUAUUUUAUAACAUGAGACGUCUGUAAUACAUAAUGACUGUAGCUAUCAGUGAUCCUAGGAUGACGCUUAAAUAACCCUGAGAUAAGAUGUAUUAAUGUUUGGUCAAAUCUUUCAAAUGAUGAAAAACUGAUUAUAUUACGAUUUAAAUGAUAUAGAAAUGCAAUGUAUGUAUAGUACCACUUUGUAUUAAAGAAAUAGCAAAAAAAAUGCAGAAAUUAUUUUUACAAAAUUUAUUUGAAAAGAUUUGUCACGACCCAAAUCUUAAUACUUUGUAUUUAUUUGAACCAAUCAAAUGUGACUUCCUGGAUGAGUUUGUUUGUUGUUUAUGAUGACAUUUGAUAUGGUACAUGGUUUACUAGAGUAUUGA